AUGAGGAUCUGGAAGGGUGUAAGUUCCUCACACUUAUAUGUCCUGGAAGAAGCUACUGCGUAUCUACUUGCUUGGCAGAAAAUUAAUGUUGAGCCACUAUCCCCUCCUAUCCCGAGGCAGUUCCAAAAGUGGAGUAAACCCCCUCAUGGGUGGCUUAAACUCGACACGGAUGCUUCCGUGAAUGUUGGUUCGAAAGUCUCGGGUCUUGGUUUCGUUGUUAGGGACUCUGAAGGUGCGUUUGUUGCGGCGAAGAGUAGUACUUGGUUCGUCAGCCUUCAGCCAAAGUUCGCAGAAGCUCUUGCUCUACGUGAGGCCCUUUUGUAG